GCCCAGCUCGGAGCCUGGCGCUGCUCACGGGCAUCGGCGGCUCCUCAUGCCGCCGCAGUAACGUAUAGCGGGUCCCCUAAGGAUUUGCCUUACGCUGGAUGCUGCACGUGGCCUGCCCCGGUGCGCUCGGGGAGGGUGGCAGGGAAAGGUGGGAGCUGUGGGAGAGAUGUUUCUCGUGGCUGCGCUGGAAGCAGGAUGAAUCUCGUGUCUAUGGCGACAGAUCCUGAGCUGAAAUGGAUAACCCUGUGGGCCCGCAUCAGGUGGGCGGCCUUGCUUGUGCUCCUCCUGGGCUCGCUCGUGAUGCUGCUGCUCCCGCUGGCUGCCGUGGAAGACCAGUGCCAUGCAGUGCUCCAAGGACUCUCCUUCUUGAAAAGCAAACUGGGCACGGGCUCCUCUGGUGUCACCAGAUACACGGGACAAACAACUGGGCUGAGCGUGACCUCCAGCGGGCUGGAGCUGCUGGUGCUGAAAGGCAAAGCAUCCACAGAAGUGAAGUUAGAAGCCAAAGCAGCUCUGAAUCAAGCCCUCGAAAUGAAGCGCCAAGGAAAGCGGGAGAAAGCCCACAAACUCUUUGUGUACGCCCUCAAAAUGGACCCCGAUUACGUAGAUGCCCUGAAUGAAUUUGGUAUCUUUUCUGAAGAGGAAAAAGACAUUCUUCAAGCCGACUAUUUAUACUCCAAAGCACUAACCAUUUCUCCCUGCAACGAGAAGGCUUUGAUCAAUCGGGACCGGACUCUACCUUUAGUUGAAGAGAUAGAUCAGAGGUAUUUUAGCAUUAUUGACAGCAAGGUUAAAAAAGUGAUGGCAAUCCCCAAAGGCAAUUCUGCCCUGCGCCGAGUGAUGGAGGAGUCCUACUACCACCACAUCUACCACACGGUUGCUAUUGAAGGAAACACGCUGACGCUGUCAGAAAUACGACACAUCAUUGAGACCAGAUACGCCGUCCCUGGCAAGAGCUUAGUGGAGCAGAAUGAGGUGAUCGGCAUGCACGCGGCUUUGAAAUACGUCAACACCACGCUGGUAUCGCGGAUAGGCUCCGUAACCAUCACUGACAUCUUGGAGAUACACCGGAGGGUGCUGGGCUACGCCGACCCGGUGGAGGCAGGGCGGUUCAGGACUACUCAGGUUUUUGUAGGACAUCACAUACCACCACAUCCCCAGGACGUCGAGAAACAGAUGCAGGAGUUUGUGCAGUGGAUUAACUCGGAAGAUGCCAUGAGCUUGCACCCUGUGGAAUUUGCUGCGUUAGCCCACUACAAGUUGGUUUACAUCCAUCCGUUUGUAGAUGGCAACGGAAGGACCUCGCGCCUGUUAAUGAACCUCAUACUGAUGCAGGCAGGCUACCCGCCCAUCACAAUCCGCAAGGAGCAACGGGCCGAGUAUUACCACGUCUUGGAAGUUGCCAAUGAGGGUGACGUGAGGCCUUUCAUACGCUUUAUUGCUAAGUGUACCGAGACAACUCUGGACAUGUUGCUCAUUGCCACCACGGAAUACUCCGUGGGCUUACCUGAAGCAGAUGGCAGCACUGCUGGAUGCAAACAAACGAUCCCCAUCAAGGCCUGAGGGUUGUGGGACGUUCAGAAGCCAGUGAACGUGUGGGAGAACAGAAUGCCAAACCACUCAGUAUUCCUGCUGGGAAAUAACUCGACAGGUGUCACUCUUUAGCAUUUCAUUUAUUUAAAGUGUCUUAUUGGAUUAAAUUAAUAUAAUUUAUUUAUAUACAUUAUGCCAAGCUGAAAUGUGAACUGUUGAUGUUGACUGUGCACUAGAACUUGCUUGUGCUACUGAAAGGAGGGGGGGAGAGGUGUCAGAUGGGUUCAACAAGCUGAAGCAGAAUUUAAUUUCUCCUUAAAAUUAAGCUUUGAGAAGCUGCUUCAAUCAAGUCUUACCUUGCCAAGGAGCUGCUAGGCAAGACAGUCUUAACCAAGUUGUUGCUUUUGUGGUACAAAACCAAAAAACCAAAACCUCACAACCCUUGCAGUAACAGCCUCUCCAGCUCUGUAAAUCCGACUCUUUCCUGGCAGCCGUACAGGUUUGACAGUGCUGAUCAGGAAGGAGGCCAAACACCAGCUCAGUGGCAUCUCUCCCCUCCCAUUUCUGCUUUCAGUAGCACUUUGCAUGUUUACUUUCAGUUGCCUUUCCUAGGGGUGAGUUUUGUACAACAAGUGGGAAGUAUUUGGUUUAAGAUUACAGAUGAUGGACUGGAACAAGAGAAGAAAUGCUCUCUGUCUCAUGUCACUGAACUGCGGGGUGCUUUUGCUCUGCUUCAGGCAGGAUGACCUACUGCUCGGAGGCCUUGCCUCAGACCCCAGGAAUCCCUGGGGAACUGCAACUGUCCCUACACAUUUCAGUUUAGGGUUUGAAAAAGGGUUAACUUCUGCAAAGCUGGGGCUAGAAAAGGUUAUUUUACAUAGCCACAAGACCACCUUUAUCAGCUGUGCCAAUUUGGUAAGAAUGUGUAUAGCAAGUUUGUCAAAAACUUAAGGUUCUUCAAUCUACACAAAAGAACUUUUCAGUUAAUUACUAGGUCAUAUUCUUACUGUGAUAAAUGCGUCGAGAAUCACAUGAGGCCUCUUUGUGCUGCAGUAGCAGUUAGCGUAGUACCUAGAAGCUGCUGUGCAAUCCAAAGCAGCACUUUAUAUUUGCUUUUAAGGUUAAAAGCACCUGCAACCUAACAGAGUAACAAUUCCCUACACCCCUGCCUGCCAGUUGUGUAACAGUGUAAUUGAUCCCAACACCUCUAAAUUCAGAAAACUUCACUCCAGCCUAGUGCUAUUAAGCUUAAACACAAAGCUGCUAGACUGUCCCAGGCCAGUGUUAAGUUUCUUCCCUUCUAACUCUUACCUGCAAGGUAGUUAGGAUAUGCUUUAUAUGAGUGGACAACAGGACAAGACUGGGAGUUACCUAUAUGCUACAGCACCACUCUGCUUCUGUACUGAUUACUGCUGACAGGGAAAACAAACAAUAAAUGAGGAAGGUUGUUCUGUCCUUAUAAAGCGUGCUUAUUGUUGUAGUGCAAAGUGAGUAUAAAUAAAAUCUGCACUUUAGAGCGCUGGGGAAAAAAAAUAUGUUAUUUUAGUAACAGAUUAAUAAACUAUUUUAAUAUUAAAGUCUUUGUUUUGAGCAGAGCCUAUUCCAAACACUUUUCUGUGAGCAAACUAAACAGCAGUGACACAGGCCUGGUCCUGGCUCCCUCAGCUGUGCCCAGCCCUGGCAGCUCCCAGGAACUUGGAAUCCAUCACUGGUGCUGUGUCCAUGCCUGCCUGCCAUCAGGGCAAGGCCAGCCUUAGCAUCCCCACCCCCCAGGUCAAAAAGCUCCACAUUCACUUGCUAGUAGAAAGGUUCCAAGCUGAUUUGGAGAUGCAAUCCCCAUGUACCAUCAGUACAAUAGGGGAUGGCAAGCUAGCCAAAGCGCCUGUGACCACCCCUGCCAGAACUUGGGCCCCUGCUGCAUCCCCCCAGCUGCCACCAGGACGUGAUUCAAAGCUCCGUAGGAGACUCAGCCGUUCAAAGUAAAGCCAAGGCAAACCAGCACAGAACAUAAGCACUGAAAAGUGUGUUUAUUUGCAGCAGUGCUUGUGUUGUACAAGUGAACUUGGUACCAGGGCCCCCCCCUCACAUUCAGCCCCCAGAGGUGGUGACUGGAGUCCAGAGUUAGCAGCAGUUUUAAUCAGACAAGCAGUAAUAUUUCUAUCCAAGAUCACGUACCAGAUUAUUUUAAAGUCUGAGGUGAUUACUGAAGUGGUUCCAGGAUAUUCAUACUAGAUGGAAUGAGCUACUUAAAGGUAUAUAAGUGACACUGUGUAUCUCAGUGCACCUGAGAGGUGAGGUACAUCAGUAUUACCCAGCUGCCAGAGGAUAAGUGCAAUUCCAACACCCACAUUUAAACAAAAGCAACAGUAUUUAUAGAAAACCUUUGAGAACUUGAGUUUAAUAAACCAAGUAACGCCAGCUUGCACUUCACAUUUGUACAAAACCAUACAGAAACCACCUGCAAGAGACGUACGAGCUAGCUAGCAAAAACAACCAAAAAACCAAAAA